AUGGCACAAAGUGAAGUCUUAUCGAGUUAUGCUAAUCAUUCCGUCUCUUUACUCAAUCUACCUGACGAGUUAAUUCUGCGUAUUCUCAGAUAUCUAAACCAAAUCGACCUAAUAAGAAGUGUUUCAAGAAUUAACAAAAGACUUCAUGUGUUAACUCGCUAUUCAUAUUUCUGGAAACAUUUAGAUUUGUCUGGUUGUAAAUUACAACCAAAAGAUUUACGCCUUUUAUCUAAACAGAAACUAAUCGGACGACAGACAUGUAGUCUUAAGAUUGAAUUUGACCCAGGAUCUAAAAAUAUUGAAUCGGGAUUAUCAUCAAUCUUCCGAAAUUGUGGUAGCUUAACUCAUAUUCUUAUCAAAGGAGGAUGUUUUCAAAGCUUUCAAAAUCUCUUGAGAAUAUUCUCCGACCACUUAGAAAAUCUUGAGUUAAUUGAAACUCGUACCAAAAAUAGGUAAGUAUUAGUAUUGCAUUUCGGUUGUAAUUCGCCUUUCCCAAAGUAAAAUUAAGAACAACACAUUUAAGCAAACAAUAUUGUUUCCAAUUAGAUGUCAUCAGGCUUAACUCUAUACUACAUAACUUAUGCAUUAUUAUUUCUUUUAAUUCCUAGAGGAACAUAGGGCUUCAGCCAAACGUCGCCAUUGUGUUCGGUUCUCUGCUAGAGUUUUCACCUGGCUCCAAGUCUACCCACAUACUUUAAUUUCCUCUUCACAUGACCUCCUCCAAGUCACUCUUGCAUUGACGACCAACUCACCGCUUCCCUUACGGUCGAGUUCCACUCGAGCAAUGGCUUGUCUAGUAAUGUCACUUGAUGGUUUGUCUUCUCAGAGUAUGGCCAGCCAAUCCACCUCUAUUUCAUCCUGCUUAUUUGUUGCACAAUCGGUU